CUGCUAUGCUAUGAAGUUAGUCACAUUUUAUCCAAAGCUAUUUUGUACAUAUAUUAUGCGAUAUUUUGUACUUAUUGUGCGAUAAUGUCCACUUUAGCAAAAUCAGUUUUGUUCGGGGCCUGUACAUUUUCCCUAGGAAUCAUAGGAUACGUGCAUUACAGGCAAUAUUACGAUAGGCAACAGAUGCACGAAGGCGUUAUAAAAGAUGUUGAGAGAAGGCAGAAAAGAAAAGCGGAAAACGUGUAUAAUUUGCAGAAACAAAUUGAGUUGACCAAGGAAAUUAGGAAUAAACAAGAUUCUGGAAAUGUAACAUAACCUGUAAAUAAGCCUUAGCAAAUAGGUUGUUAUUUUGUAAGUAGUAAGUUAUUUAUUCUAUUAAACUGUACAUACAUACAAGUAAAUCGUGGAUUUAAUUUAAAAA